GAUUCAGUUCAUUUUCGGUUUUUGUGCGCAGCGGAGUUACCUAUAUAUCAAUUUCGAGGUGUUCGACAUAAAUUAAAAACUAAUUUAUAGUAAAAGACGCGCUGCAGCCAAGCUUUAUAUAUAUAUAUACAUAUAUAUAUGUUAGCUGCAAAAAACGAGCACAAACACACAAGAAGCGGCUACCAAGUGAUUACGAAUUUUUUAAACAAGCAACACAACAGCGAACGGCGGACUGAGUGACUGAGCGAUUGAGCGAUUGAGCGAUUGAGCGAGCGUUUGGCAAAGUGACGAAUCAGUGUACAGCGCAUCCUAAUCCCGCCCAGACAACAGUCCCCCUUAACACACUCCAUCGCCAUGAGCAAGAAACCGACGGCCGGCCCGGCGCUCCACAAGGUCAUCAUGGUGGGCAGCGGCGGCGUUGGCAAAUCGGCCCUCACCUUGCAGUUCAUGUACGAUGAGUUCGUCGAGGACUACGAGCCCACCAAGGCCGAUAGCUAUAGGAAAAAGGUUGUGCUCGAUGGCGAGGAAGUACAAAUAGAUAUACUAGAUACAGCCGGCCAGGAGGAUUAUGCAGCGAUCAGAGACAACUAUUUUCGCAGCGGCGAAGGUUUCCUCUGCGUCUUCUCAAUCACAGACGACGAAAGCUUCCAAGCCACCCAGGAAUUCAGAGAACAAAUACUGCGGGUGAAAAAUGAUGAGAGCAUACCGUUCCUGCUGGUGGGCAACAAAUGCGAUCUAAAUGACAAACGGAAGGUGCCACUCAACGAGUGCCAGGUGAGGGCACAGCAAUGGUCCGUGCCGUACGUGGAGACCUCGGCCAAGACGCGCGAGAACGUGGACAAGGUAUUUUUCGAUCUAAUCAGGGAUAUUUCAUCACGCAAAAAGCAACGUCAGAUGGACGUGAAAGAGCCGGCGAAGCCUUCUCCUUGCUGCCAAUUGUUGUAAAAAGAAAACAGAAAACGCAAACAAAACAAAAAACUGAAAAGAAAAACCGAAAAUCCAAUAUGAAUCGACAUGGCUGCGACACGAACAACAGGAAGCGGAGGCAAGCGU